CGCACCGCAGAGCUCCACCUGCACGCGCAUCGUGAAUGAUCUCACGCCCUGCAGAGAGACGGGUCCGCGCAAAUGAAGCAAUCAAUUGUCCGUAGACCGCCAUGACGUACUGGCCCAUAUCCUCGCCCUCCGUUUUUGCGGCUACUAAGAACACGAAUCUCGAGCGCACACCUGUAUCCCAUGACGGCACCGAUCAAGCUUCGCAAAGUAGCGGAGUUAGCUCGUCCGAGGCCGAACUCACGAGCGAUAGCGACGAUGUUUCGUCGAAAGGAGACUCUGGAGGAGUGAAGGAGAAACAGCCAGAGCAGGAUGCGCAGCAAAUAAAUAACCCUGAGCAGUUCGUGGAAGAAGAUGUACACGGAGAGGUCGUUGCUAUUCGGGUGACUCGGAGCGGACAGUUGUUUGCAACACUGACUCGGACAACUCUGACCAUUUGGCAGACGAAGCCCAGCGUCAUCCUAGCCUCAGUCCUCCGCUCGCAGAACUCGUUGAAGACAUAUGGCCCGAACGCAGACGUCCUCCUCAGACCUGACUCUCAGAUCUUCGUGAUCCAGACCACCCUCGGUUUCCUCAUCACAUAUUCUCUCGCGACCGACCAUUCGUCCCGCGUUUACAAGUCGCAAUUCACGGAUACACAUGGAACGCACUCGAGGAGAAGUAGCGCUGUUGGCUUCAAAAUACAGCGUCAGCACGACACCAAUGCCGGGCCUGGAGAAGGCAGCGGGUUCAAAGAGCUCAGCCUGCGCUUCCGCAUGGUCAUACGCGUCGACGCUGGGAUUGUGAAAGCUUUGGCUCUGGACGAUGAGCUUGUAGUGGCUACGGCGAAGCCUGCAGCGAUGCAGUGCAUACGAUGGGCGCCAGACAACCAAGGAAGCCAAACGAGCACUGAGGUCCUCACCAAGAUGAGCUGGCUUGGGAAGAAGCCGACUCUUGUUGAUAUGACACAUGAUCGACCCAUGAACCUGUCGUGCUGGAUCACCGGAGAAGGUCGUGCCUUCGCUGUUCAAAGGUCGAAGCUAGAUGCGAAGCAAGAGGGAAGCGCGCCGCAAAACCUUUUCCGAGGAUAUGGCUUCCACACUCCAGAAAAAGACGGCGAAUAUGGCGUGAAGGCCGCUAUCAAUGCGCGGUUUUCGCUACUGGCUAUUGGGUGCAAAAACAGUGAGAUCUAUGUCUACACUGUCCGGGAUUAUACUGGAAACAUUCCUAUCUCUCACAAGCUCCAACCCAAUACUUCCUCGCCAGGCAAGCUAAACACUCUGACAUACUCCCCUGAUGGGUAUUGCCUGUUCGCAGGCUACGAGAAUGGUUGGGCUAUGUGGAGUGUAUACGGAAAACCAGGCGCUACCAGCUUCACGACCGACCGUGCCAUCUCAGAGACCAACGGCGAGGGAUGGCUACUCGGCGUGAAGGAUGCCUUCUGGAUCGGUGGAGGCGCAGAACUCUUGAUACUGGGCAACAACGAUAACCGAUUAUUCGUUGUUGAGAUGGCCAGGAGUGCUGUAACCGGGUGUUUCUCUUCAGCGAAUGUGUCGAGAUCUUUGAUGCAGACGAGCACAGGCUUCAUGAUCUAUCGCGGCUACGACCUGCCUGAUCUGACGACGAUAUCUGCGGAACUAUCUCUAUGGCACCACGUGCAGGUGCCGCCCCAUUACCUGGUAGACCAGUGGCCCAUUAAGAGCGUGGUCAUAUCGAAUGACGGGAGAUACGUCGCAAUUGCCGGCAGAAGAGGGCUCGCACAUUACAGCGUCAACAGCGGGAGGUGGAAAACGUUCGAUGAUCCUUUUGUCGAGAAUGAGUUCACUGUUCGUGGAGGCAUGUGUUGGUUUCAGCAUGUGCUCAUCGCGGCAGUCGAAUCGCAAAACUCUCACGAGGUUCGAAUCUAUUCGAGAGAAUCAGCACUCGACAACAGCCACAUCAUGCAUGUGCAAAAGCUGCCAGCUCCAAUCGUACUCAUUGCACCGUCAGGAGAGGACUCCCUACUUGUCUACACCUACGAGAACAUCCUCUAUCACUACGUCAUGAGCGUUUCCAAUGCAACGGUCACUUUAAUACAGGUCGGUCAGAUUGCCUUACAUGGCAUCAUUCGUGCGCCCACGCGUGUCAGAGCACUUAGCUGGAUUCUACCAGAAGACCAGAUCCAUCAUGGAGAUCCCUCUCAAGACGUUUCUGUCGCCACGAUUCUCUUCCUCGUGGAUGGAAAGCUUGUGCUGCUCCAGCCUACGACAACGGGAGGCGGUGAACUCAAGUAUGAGAUGCGGGUCAUCGCACACAAUGUGGAAACUUACGCAUUGAUGCGUGAUCAUCCCGCUUUUGCGCUAGAAUCCCACGAGGACUCCCUUCCACCCAGUCCUUCGGUCGGAUUGACCAUCAACGGUGUGCACGGCCAUGGCCACGACUUGCGAGACUCGUUAUGGUAUUUUGACGGUCAGGAUAUGAAAGUGUGGAUCGAGAUGCAAGACGUGCUUGCGUCUGCAUCCCCAGAACUUGGGAGGGACCUGCCUACACCUGUCCAGAUUCCCGUUGACUUCUAUCCUUUGUCUGCUCUCCUCAAUAAGGCAAUCAUCUUUGGUGUGGAGUCAGAAAUAGUUCAGCGCAGGGACACCAGCUUCGCCUACCUGCGAUUUGGGACAAGGACCCAUCUCUUCCUACCCGCGACGCUACGGUAUCACUUAGCGCAGUACAACCACCCUGCAGCCUUACACCUCAGCCACCACUACCAGCAUCUACUGUACUUUCCACACGCCCUCGAGAUCUUAUUACAUGAGGUCCUGGACGAAGAAGUGGAUACUCAGCCACCGCCAGAGCAAGCGCUUCUACCAAGCGUCUUGUCGUUCCUGAGCUCAUUCCCGCAGUACCUCGACAUUGUCGUGCAAUGUACGCGCAAGACAGAAGUUCGCUCUUGGCGGACGCUGUUCGCAAACCUCCCACCACCAGAAGAACUGUUUGAAGAGUCGCUUCAAAAGGGCAACUUGAAGACUGCAGGUGGCUAUCUGCUUGUACUUCAUACGUUUGAGGAAUUGCGAUCCACUGGCGACCAGGUAGUCCGCUUACUGCAUCGCGCAAAGCAAGAGCAAGAUUGGGACCUGUGCAAGGAGCUUGCUCGCUUCCUCAUGGCGCUUGAUGAGUCGGGUGCGACCUUGCAGCGGACCCUUGAGCUCGUCGAGCUGAAAUCGCCGUCAGCAGAGCCAGGAUAUGGAGAGUCCCACUUCACUUUUGAGACGACUCGUUUGAGCAUCCCUCCGGGAGGCCGAGCCGGCACCAAUGGAUAUGGCAAGGACCGCGAUGACUCCAGUGGGGGGAGUAGGAGCUCGGCAGGAAGCAGCAUCAGUCCCGGACAAGCGACCGGCCGCAGGGACACUAUCGCACAAGAACCAAGCGACUACUUCGGCGUUGGCUUGGGGAGUCCGCUUGGGCGGCAAUAGUUAGGUACUAC